AUGCUAAAGCGCGCUGCUCGAGGGCAUGAUCCUGGUGGCAUUACUGCAACACGUCCUGGGGAAUGUGGGGUCUUGUGUCCAGCAUGUCCCCAGCCAGGUAAGAAUCUUCCGGAAGGAUGGCAGGAUGCGCCUCCCGAAUUACGAUUCCUCUACUGCUUGUUUCUCGCUAUUGAUGCCAACUUUCGAUUGAAGCGGAAGGCGGUGUCAAGUGAUGAAGCAGACCCCAGCCUUCUGGAUGGAAAAGCUUACUUCGUCGCAGAGAAAGACUCCAAGAACUACCUGAAGGAGUUUGGAGAUCUCAUCAUCCAGGAGUUAAUGCUGAGCGAUCGUCAACUGGACUUGCUGCAACUGGUGACUGGUGUUGGCACCAUUGAUUGCUCAAGACAUGACAUCAAGCGACCAACUUCAGUCGGAGAUUUACAGAAGGGCAAACGAUACGUCAACAUGGAUUACCUUUUUUUCAGUAGUCUCAAACACAGUGAUGUCACAGAGAUUGUCGUCUCAUAUGAUAUUGCAUGUCAAUGGAGCAAGAACUUGUGGAACCGAAUGUCAUCUUACCCUCACUGGAUGCACGUCGACCAUGACGGUGAGAAUCAAUUUCACUUCCUUGUCCCCAAGUUCCACCUCCCCACACACAUCAUGGCCUGUCAAACCAUAUUCUCAUUCAACUACAACCGCAAUGUGGGCCGCACCGAUGGUGAGGCGCCUGAAUGA